AUGGACGUCAGGGAGGAACUCCGGCUGAUCCUGGUGGGGAAGACCAGAGGCGGGAAGAGCGCCACGGGCAACACCAUCCUCGACCGGAAAGUGUUCGAGUCCACCUUGGGGCCAAAGGCCACCACCCUGAGGUGCGAAAGGGGGCAGGGAACCUGGCAGGGCGGGAAGGUCUCCGUGGUUGACACGCCAGGCAUUUUCGAUUCUGCAAACUACAAUGAGAUUGUGCGACGUGAGAUCAUGGCUUGCAUUGAACUCUCCCGGCCCGGCCCCCACGCCCUGAUCUUGGUGACCCAGGUGGGGCGCUUCACCGCGGAAGAUGCGGCUGCCGCAAACUGUGUCUGGGAUAUCUUUGGGGCCGAGUCCGCCAGGCACACCAUCGUCCUCUUCACCUGCCUGGAGGAUUUGGGAGGGGCCUCCCUGCAGGAGUACGUCCAAAAGUCCGACAACCGGAAUCUGCGGGACCUGAUCCGGCGGUGUGGGAACCGCUUUUGCGGGUUCGACAACAAGGCUGCGGGAACCGAGCAGCAGAGGCAGGUCUCGGAGCUGAUGGUGAUGGUGCAGAGCGUCGUUUCCGAGAACCGGGAGUGCUACUACGUCAACCGGCUGUACGGGGAGCCCAGCCUACUGGACGAGCACGUCAGGAUCUUCGUCGAGCAGAACCGAAAGCUGUGUAGACGACUCAUCAACCUGCUCCUCUUUUCAUGCCGAUCGGCCUGUUGUGGGUGCAGAAAUGAGUAUUCCAUCCUGUGA